AUGAAGUGCACCACCAUUGCCGUCGCAGCAGUGCUCGCCACCGCGGGCGUCGUUGCUGCCGAAUCGCCCGCGCUUCGAGCUCUGGCUGACGCUCCCAAGGUCGGGACUGUCGUCGCCACCGCAACCGGACCGGCGGAGGCCACGGACGCGCAGCCGACGGCAGGCGAGCCGAAGGACAAGAAGGAGUGGGGCUGGGGAGGAAGUCCGUGGGGCUGGGGAGGUGGCUGGGGCCGUCCGUGGGGAUGUGGCGGCGCUGGCUGGGGAGGCGGUUGGGGCUGGGGCGGCGGUGUGGGUUGCGGCGGAGGCUGGGGAUGGUAA